AUGAUUGGAAAGGAAAAUGAUGUCUGCAUAAAGCUCGUUGAAUAUUCGAAGAAUGGCCGUGUGUUCAGAAAAUGGUCCUAUGAACGGUUAGGUGAAAGGGUGAAGGGCACCAAAUGGCAGGAACCCACUUGCCCGUGCGAUAAGGAUGAUGGCACUACAGUGGAAAAUGAACUCAACGAGAAGGACCACGAACACGAUAGGCCCUCGUCUGGUUCUCCAUUGGCCCGAUCACUGAAGCAGCAACGAGUAGUGAGGCAAGAAAGAGACAUGGAAAAAGAAGAAGAAGCCAUAACAAACAUCCUUAAAAUGCAAGCGGAAAUGGAGAGGAAAAGGGAAAUGAACACUGAUAAACAGAAAUUUGAGCAGCGAUUUGACCAGUUUGACAAGCGAAACAAAGGGGAUGCCUACAACGAAAUUAGUUAUCAGCCAACUAGAAAGGAUAUCAAAGUACGGAGGAGCAGGACCUCUGAGACCUCCAUGGGUGGCGACCAGCCGGUGACGUGGGAAGAAUCGUGUGAUUUGAAGAUCGAGAGACACUCUGAUCAGGAGGANUAA